UUUGAAAAGCAUCAGUGUACACUGAAAAGAUCUGUGGCCUGGACUAGAGGAUUUGGUUCUAAUUGUCUCUGUCACUGUGAUCCUAUUUCUGUCACCUACAGAAGGUUGUAAAGAUCAGAUUAGAUCUGUUCUGAGGACCAAGAUUCAUUUGGGGGAUGGUUACAGAAUUGAACCAUGGAUUUCUCUCUAAUCCAGCGGACAGUUCAGGAGACAGAGUUCGAGGAUGAAUGUUCACUGUGGUGGUGAGAGUGACAGGCUGUUGCGCCAGGAGGCCAGCUGCCUCAUGGAUGAAAACUCGGCUGCAGCCCAAGAAAAAGAAGCAAAUAGCCUGGUUUCUUCUGGUCUUCAAAAUCUUAGUUAUCCUCUAGGUUCCAGGAGUGAUGACCUUUCACUUGACUACACCUCCCAGCCAGCAAAUCUUCAGUUCCCUCACAUAAUGCCACUUCCUGAAGACUUCAAAGGCUCUUGCUUCCAGAGUGGGAAUAAACGGAACCAUGAACCCUUUAUUGCUCCAGAACGAUUUGGAAACAGCACUGUGGGCUUUGGCAGUGGCCUUCAUUCCCAGGCACCAGAGAAAGUGACACUUCUUGUAGAUGGCACACGUUUUGUUGUGAAUCCGCAAAUUUUCACUGCUCACCCAGAUACCAUGUUGGGAAGGAUGUUUGGACCAGGAAGAGAGUAUAACUUCACAAGGCCCAAUGAGAAGGGAGAGUAUGAGAUUGCCGAAGGAAUCAGUGCAACUGUAUUUCGAACGGUGCUGGAUUAUUACAAAACUGGUAUCAUCAAUUGUCCUGAUGGCAUCUCUAUCCCUGACCUCAGAGAUACAUGCGAUUACCUCUGCAUUAACUUUGACUUCAACACUAUCCGGUGUCAAGAUCUGAGUGCUUUACUGCAUGAACUGUCUAAUGACGGUGCUCACAAGCAGUUUGAUCACUACCUCGAAGAGCUGAUCCUGCCCAUCAUGGUGGGCUGUGCCAAGAAAGGGGAGCGAGAGUGCCACAUCGUCGUGCUCACGGAUGAGGAUUCUGUGGACUGGGAUGAAGACCACCCCCCUCCCAUGGGGGAGGAAUAUUCCCAAAUUCUUUACAGCUCCAAACUCUAUAGAUUCUUCAAAUAUAUUGAGAAUCGGGAUGUUGCUAAAACAGUAUUAAAGGAACGGGGCCUGAAAAACAUUCGCAUUGGAAUUGAAGGUUACCCCACCUGUAAAGAAAAAAUUAAGAGGCGACCUGGUGGCCGGUCUGAAGUCAUCUACAAUUAUGUACAGCGCCCCUUUAUCCAGAUGUCAUGGGAAAAGGAAGAAGGAAAGAGUCGCCAUGUAGAUUUCCAGUGUGUUCGAAGCAAAUCCCUCACUAAUCUGGUAGCUGCUGGGGAGGAUGUCUCAGAGGACCAGGAGAUACUAAUGCAUCACCCACCUCAAGUGGAUGAACUUGAUAGGCUAAAUGCCCCACUUUCUCAGAUGGCUUCUAAUGACUUUCAGGAUUAGAAUCGCUGUGGGUCCGCCCCUUUGGAGCUUUUCUCUGUCUGGGAAGCCCCCAGCCUGCCCUCCCAUGGUUUGUCUUGCCCUGAGUAGAAGACAUGCUUCUCUUCCAUCCUUCCCUUUCUCACAUAAUUAAUGUGUGUCUUCUUUUGUGCCUCUGGCGCAGGGGGUGAAAAAGCAUUCACUGGUUGUUAAGCUCCUGGCUUUGCAGCAGCCCUGGUGACUUGAAAAUUUUGGUUGGGUCUGGUGCUGUUCAUUGAGUCUUUGCAGAACUGCAAAAGCAGGGAGGGAGGUCAGGACUCCUAUUGCCUCAUUCAGCAAAGCUAUCCUCAUCCUUUAUGCUCUGUUCUUGUUUUUUUUUUGUUUUUGUUUUGUUUUGUUUUAUACCAGGCAAAUUAUUUAACAGCAGAGGGACCAAAUUUAAAAAGGAGACAAUCUCUAUUACAAGCAGGCACUGAUGGGAUGCUCACUAGAUAUUAAUGAAGAUGCUGUUCCUGGUAACUUCUACACCCAGAGGGAGUCUGGGAAGAACUGGGCUGUCCUUUGUUCAUAAUGUCUAAAAGGAAAUUCUUAAGAGCUUAAAUUCAGUCUUGUUUUUCAUUAUUGCAGUGAACAAUCCAGAACUAUGUAUUUACAGGAAGGAUAAAGGCAUAAUAAUGUU